UCACUUUUGUUGUUUGGUUCUCCUCCUCCCCUCAAGCUUCAGCUCAACCACAGAUAACAUGGCCAACGCCCUGCUCAUCGCUUGCGUCGUCUCAGUUCUUUUGCACGCCGUCGGCGGAGCCACCGUCAGGCGCUUCAAAUGGGAGGUGGGCUACAUAUACGCAUCGCCGGACUGCGAAGAGAAGCUGGUGAUGGCGAUCAACGGGCAGUUCCCGGGCCCGACCAUCCGCGCCAAGGCCGGCGACACGAUUCAUCUCCAGCUGAAGAAUACUCUGCACACUGAAGGAGUCGUCAUCCACUGGCACGGUAUCCGACAGCAUGGAACACCUUGGGCUGAUGGGACUGCCUCCAUCUCCCAAUGCGCCAUCAAUCCUGAGGAGAGUUUUCUCUACAGAUUUAAAGUCGACAAGGCCGGCACAUAUUUCUACCAUGGGCAUUACGGGAUGCAGAGAGCUGCAGGGCUGUACGGGUCUCUCAUAGUGGACGUGUCUGAUGGGGAAGAGGAGCCGUUCCAGUACGAUGGAGAGUUCAAUCUGCUCCUCAGUGAUUGGUACCAUACAAGCAUUUAUGAUCAGAUGGUUGGACUCUCUUCCAGACCAAUGAAAUGGAUCGGAGAACCCCAAAGUCUAUUGAUCAAUGGCAGAGGGCAGACUAACUGUUCCCUGGCCGCAUCUCUUGUCCCUGGAUCCAGCGCAUGCGAGUUAACAAGCAAAGACUGUGAACCCGUGGUGCUCAAAGUUCUUCCAAACAAAACAUACAGGCUGCGGAUUGCGAGCGCCACUUCACUGGCUUCGCUGAAUCUGGCCAUCGGAAAUCACAGCAUGACAGUGGUGGAAGCAGACGGCAACUACGUGGAACCAUUCACCGUGGAUGAUAUGGACAUAUAUUCCGGUGAAAGUUACUCGGUGCUCGUCACUACAAACCAGAAAACAUCAUCAAACUACUGGAUUUCCGUCGGAGUUAGGGGAAGAAAACCAAAUACACAAUCUGCUUUGGCUAUCAUAAACUACCCCCCGAAUGCCCCAUCAAAAUUACCGGAAUCUAGUCCCCCGGCCACCCCACUAUGGAAUGACUAUGCCCGCAGCAAAUCAUUCACGUACAGGAUUCUCGCCCGGCAGGGCGCACCGAAGCCCCCUCCCAACGCUGACAAGCGAAUCGCCUUGCUCAACACCCAGAACAAAAUGGAUGGUUAUACUAAGUGGGCUAUCAACAAUGUCUCUUUAGCACUUCCUGCCACCCCUUAUUUAGGGUCCAUGAGAUAUCAUCUGAAGAAUGCAUUUGAUACUAAAAUACCGCCAGAGAGCUUCCCCUCAGAUUAUGAUGUGAUGAGACCAGCCAAAAAUCAAAAUACGACGCAAAGUACCAACGCAUAUGUUUUCCAAUUCAACAGCACGAUCGACGUAAUCCUUCAAAAUGCAAACGCCAUAGCAGAGAAUGUUAGUGAAAUACAUCCGUGGCAUUUGCACGGGCACGACUUCUGGGUGCUAGGGUAUGGGGAUGGAAGAUUCCAAGAGAAGGAUGUUUCAACAUUUAAUCUGAAGAAUCCUCCACUCAGAAACACAGUGGUGAUCUUUCCUUACGGUUGGACGGCAUUAAGGUUUAUAGCAGACAACCCUGGAGUUUGGGCAUUUCACUGCCAUAUAGAACCACACCUACAUAUGGGCAUGGGUGUAGUAUUUGCAGAAGGUGUUGAAAAUGUCAGAAAUGUCCCAACAGAAGCUAUAACUUGUGGGAUGACUGGAAAAAUGUUAAUCAACAAUCACCUCCCAUGAUAAUGGAACUAUGGAAGAACCCAUAUAGGUAAAUCAUCUAUUUCCCAUCUACUUCUGUUAGGCUGAUCGAUCAUGUUAUUUCCUGUGUGAAUGUAUUUGGAACCGCAUUACUAGUUUUGUCAAGAUAAUGAACUCAUGUAGAAUGUGUUAUUGAUACUCAAUUACCUUAAAUUAUCUACUAGGCCACUUAAAGUGGACUAAUCAUCA